AUUCAUCUAAACGUAACUUGCACGUGUUUUUGUUUUGAAAAAUCAAUGUCAAUUUUGUGUUUAAUUUUUACUUGUUUAAAUCACAUUGCCAUUCCAUUUGAGCGUUUCUUUUGAUUAUUUACUUUUUUACAAUAGUUGAAAAAUAUAUUAAUUGUCAAGAUGUCUGCUGGAUGGUCUGAUGUGUUGAACCGAUUGAUUAACAGUGGUGGCAAAACAAAGAAAAAGCCUUUGAGUCGAGCUCUAAUUGUUAAAGAAGCCAAAGAGCCUAGAAAAAUAGUGAAAAAGAUAGCAGAAUUUGACUCAAAAAGAGUAAAACCUUCUCUGCAAGAUAGAGAAUAUGAAAGAAUGCUUCAAUCUAUUGCAACUAAAGGUGUUGUUCAAUUAUUUAAUACUCUGACCGAAUUAGAAGAAGACGAACCUCCAGUUAAACAAUCCAAAAUGAGUGAUCCUGGUCCAAGUACAUCAGUCUUAGAUAAGUGGGGUGAUCUAACUGUGGAAGAUGAUGAAGAAGAUGAUGCCAUUUAACCCAUUCUAAUUUAAUUUAUUAAAUAUCAUGGACACCGUUAAUUACUAUUUCCAACUCAACAUUUUUGUUAACUUUGAAUUAAAAUCUCGUGUUGAACUCA